GCUGGGAGUGAUGAUUUGCCUCGUCAAGUGCUGUAUAUAAAGGCGGGUUAGAGGAGCUGGACUUCAGGGUAGCUUUGGUAAACAAAGCUAGUUAAUUUUGUUUCUCAGACACGGAGUUUUGGCUUUAGCUCGUGAGGACAGUGCUUUCUCAACUCCUUGUUUGGAGAGCGGAGUUGUGCUAUGGGAAGGGCUCUUGGAAGCAUCCUUAUCUUCUUGCUCGUUGUAGGGGUUGCUAGGAGCUCUGGUGGGGCUGAGGGCAACGACUUGUGCCCGGGACUGACAGAUGGGGCGUUGGCAGAAUCCUUCCAGGGUCCUGGACGGCUCAACGAGGCUAACGCCAAGUUCUGUUGUGGAACCUGCAGCGCCCCCUACUGGUGCUCCUCUGAAGAUGCCCGGCUGGACCAGACACAGUGCCUCACUGCUGGACAGCUGAAAGUGACCUCUGAGAUUAUCCUAGAACAAGUCACCACUGAAGUCCCAGGUCAAGCACCUGAUCUAUGCUCAGACAAAUUCCCAACAUGGGUGAUUAUCCUGAUCUUCUUCCUUGGCAUGUUUCCUGGUGUGGUGUUACCUUAUGCUUUGCGCUGUUGUUAUCGGCGAUUCUGGCUGGACUAUGAGGACCUCUCACAGGCUGAACAGCAGCUCCCACCUGAGGAGAUUCAACCCCCUCAAACAGGUUCUGUAGCUGCACACCUGCCUAGUGUUCAGGACCCUUACUAUCCUUCUGCCUCAUCCUUAUUGGAAAACAGAAGUGUUCCAGGCACUGGGUCUGUGAAUCCUGUAUAUCAAGCAGGUGGAGUGACCAACUCUAAGCCAGCUGUUUCUCAUGAUGCAACUGCUCCUAGUUCCAGCUCGGGGCCUAUCUUGGAAGUGGAGAACUGCUCUUCAGUUAAGGCUUCACCAUCGCCUGAUGCUGAGGCAGCUCAUGGUCCAGAAAUGGACCCAUCUGCCCAGGAAGGUCUUCCUGCUCCUGCCUCCAUUGAUGAUCCACCACCCUGUAAUCCUGAGGGAGCUCCUGGUCCUGGGAUUCUGCCUCCUGCACUGGACAAUCCCCCUGACGGGCAAUGGAGCAUUUGUCUGGUAGAAAUCCCAGAGGAUGAAGGGGGCACAGAGUUGUCCUUGGUCUAGCAAGUCACGAACUUGGAGAUCCUCCCCGGAAGAUGCCAAGUACACCAGCUACAGAACACCGCACCUCAUAUUUGUAACUCUCUUUUUAAGAAUAGCUUUUAAGAGUGUAUUGAUUUUUUUUUAAAUGAGCCAGUUUAGCCAACUACUUGCCCAACGUUAUUCUUUACCAUUCUAUGAACACACCACUGGCACAUGUGUGGUGAGCAUUUGUGAGGAAGGAUUCACUCCAUCCUCUGCUCCCCCAAAUCCAUGUAGCAGUUUCAAGAACCUCUGGACCUGAGGUCAUUGACUGCUCUAAAUGAAGUGGGGUCUGGGUUGAGAAAAAGAGGGUGAACAUCAACCCAUUCUCCUUCAUCACUGGAAGCAUGUUGGCUGGACACGAUCCUGGUGUUCCCCUUACUACUUCCCCCAGAUUGCUUGGCAGAAAAAUGUCCUGCCCUUAAAAUACAAAUGCACAGUUACUGCAACUUGCCUUGUCCUGUUGCUCACAUGUUGAAUGGCCUCUCUAAUUUUGCUGGAAGGCUCUUUCUCUAAAGGAAAACAGGGUUGUGUUUUUCCACAACAGUGACAGAGAAGUGAAAGCAUGGAUGACUCUGUGUUACCUUUAUAGGCCAAGGCAAGAGCCAAGCCUGUAUUAACAGCUUGUCUCCCAGAGAGCCCUGAAUAUGGUAAAGCACAGAUGUUUCUGAAAUGAUCUUUUUAACGAUUGCCAGAUAAAAUAUGCCACAGUCUUCUUGAACUGUCCUAUAGGUAGGCAACGCCUGACUUGCCUCUGAAGAACUCUGCUUAUGUGACGGUUGUAUUUGAGACUGAAUGUUGGCUUUGGUUCUUGUGGGUUAUUGGCCACACGGUAUACCAACCAAAGGCAUUUUUGAAAACUUGACAACUGUUUGACUAUUUAUGUAUUAACCCUGAAGAGGUAACAGGCAAACGGCAGUGUGUACCUUCUGAGACGGAUGCUUCUAGGAUGAGAAGCAGUUUAGCACAGACUUGUCAAAUGUAUGUACCAAAUCACGAAUAAAUGUUUGUGUGUGCCGAGUA